CAAUAAAUGAAAGUUUAAUUCAAUUAUAAAUAAAUAUUACAUUAAAUUUUUCAAUCUUGUAUGUGUUUAUAUUCAAUCGUCGAUUUGCACUGAUUAUUUAAAGCGUCGAAAUGGAUUAAAUCCAGUUGUCAAGUCAGCCAAGUGGUCGGUUAACAAUUAAUACAGAAUACAAUUCAGAAUACCAGAUACCAUAUGUUGACUAAUGCAAUGCUCAGUGAAAGAUAAGAUAAAUAACAGUGCUGAUAUAAAUAACAGUACUGACACUUGUAAACUUCACAAGGCAAAAGGCAAGCAUAGAAUAAGAACAUCAGUAUUAUUAGCUACAUAUCGUGUAGAGUCCCAGCAUAAAUUAAUUAUUGUUUAAUGAUUAAUCAUGUCACCGAAAUUACCAUCAACAUUGGAUAACUUGUUCAAGUAUAUAGAUGAUCAUGCGCAGGAUUAUAUAAAUAACUUGCGAGAAGCAGUAGCUAUUAAAUCGGUAUCAGCAUGGCCAGAUUAUAGGAAUGAGGUAGUGAAAAUGAUGAAAUGGGCAGAAGUGAAGUUAAAGAGUCUUAAAGCAACCACAGAAUUGGUUGACAUAGGUAAACAACCUCUCCCUAAUGGUACUGAAAUCCCACUUCCUCCUGUAUUGCUGGGAACUCUUGGGUCUGACCCAAAAAAGAAAACUGUGCUGUUAUAUGGACAUUUGGAUGUACAACCUGCACUAAAGGAAGAUGGUUGGGACACUGAUCCUUUCACUCUUGUUGAGAAUGAUGGGAAACUUUUUGGACGAGGUAGCACAGAUGAUAAAGGACCAGUUCUUUGUUGGAUACAUGCCUUGGAAGCUUAUAAUGCGACUGGAGAAGAUAUUCCUGUCAAUCUUAAAUUUGUCUUUGAAGGAAUGGAAGAAAGUGGAAGCGAAGGUUUGGAUGAUUUGCUUUGGGCAAAGAAGGAUACUUUUUUACAAGGUGUAGAUUAUGUCUGCAUAUCAGACAACUAUUGGUUAGGUACCAAAAAGCCUUGCAUUACUUAUGGUCUACGAGGCAUCUGCUACUUCCAACUAGAAGUCACUUGUGCUGCUAAGGAUCUGCAUAGUGGCACCUUUGGCGGAACUGUACACGAAGCCAUGGCAGAUCUGAUUUACUUAAUGAACAGCUUAGUUGAUGUUAAUGGGCGGAUUUUAGUAGAUGGAAUCUAUGAUAAUGUGGCUAAAUUAACUGAAGUAGAGUUGUCCUCUUAUAAUGAUAUAGAUUUUGAUGUGGAUGAAUUCAGAGAGACUGUUGGAACCAAGAAACUGGCGCAUAAAGAAGACAAAAUUCAGCUUCUGCUCCAUCGCUGGAGACAACCUUGUUUGUCUCUUCAUGGGAUCGAGGGUGCUUUCAGUGAGCCAGGAGCGAAGACAGUUAUUCCAAGAAAGGUUACUGGUAAAUUUUCAGUCAGAAUAGUUCCUGAUAUGACUCCAGAUAAAACAGUUGAAAAGGUAGUCGCAUACAUGAAUAAGGUAUGGCAAGAUAGAGGUAGCCCAAAUAUCAUGAAUGUGAGCAUGUACCAUGGCAGCAAGGCAUGGUCCGAGAAUCCUGAUCAUCCACAUUAUCUAGCUGGCCGGAAAGCUACCAAACAUGUUUAUCAUGUAGAACCUGAUCUUUCCCGCGAAGGUGGCUCGAUUCCUGUCACAUUAACAUUCCAGGAAGUUACUGGCAAGAAUGUAUUACUCUUACCAGUUGGUGCAGGUGAUGACGGAGCGCACUCGCAAAAUGAAAAGUUGAAUAUAUUCAACUAUAUUCAAGGGACAAAGUUACUUGGAGCUUAUCUUUAUGAAGUAGCUCAGCUAUAAUAUCUUGUUAGUAUUUAUCUAUCAAGGAUUUAAGUGGUAUAUUGGGUUUUCUAUUAUUACAGAUUUAUGGUAUAUUAUGGCAAGAUUAACUAAUUAUAUACAUUAAUUAAUUAUA